AUGAACUCGACGAUCUCCGUCUCUUCCACCGCGCCACCAUCUUUCCCUCCGCCUCGUCCUCAUAAUGAUCCCACUCUCUUGUUCUCUAAUGCCGGAGGCGUUGUUGGCUCUUCCUUACAGCGAGCCUCCUCAAGAAACGACUCUCCUUUUGCUUGCUUAAGCCUCUUCACUUCUCCUGAGAUUAAGGAGGUUGUGGUGACUGAAAAAGCUCCUGCAGCAUUGGGACCAUAUUCUCAGGCCAUCAAGGCCAAUAAUCUUCUAUUUGUCUCUGGUGUUCUCGGUCUUAUUCCAGAGACUAGAAAGUUCAUCUCAGACACUAUAGAAGAUCAAACCGAGCAGGUACUAAAAAAUAUGGGUGAAAUACUGAAAGAUGGUGGUGCUGACUAUUCCUCGGUGGUUAAGACAACAAUUAUGCUAGUUGACUUGAAAGAUUUCAAGAAAGUAAAUGAGAUCUAUGCAAAAUCCACAUUUGGUGAAAGAGAUAAGGGAAGCUCUGGGCAUCUUACAACAGUUCUCGGAAAUGAUGGCGUAUCUGCUCAUUCCAUGUUGUUGCAUCUUCUGUCCAAGAUUGAUUCCUGGAGUUCUUCAGCUACCUGCGGGCUCACACUUGAUGGUUGA